AUGAGAGAUUUUAAUGAGAUACUUUGUAAUGAGGAGAAACCUGGUGGUGCCAAUAAACUUUUCUCUCAAAUGGAAAGGUUUAGAGAAGCUCUCGAGUUUUGUGAGUUCAGUGACCAGGGAUACCAAGGAUCUAAGUUCGCUUGGAGCAAUAGAAGAGAAAGGGGAGAGUUUACUAAAGAAAGGCUGGAUCGAGUACUGGGUAAUAACUACUGGCCAAUGAUCUUUGGUUCUACAGCUGUUCAGGUGCUACCUGCUCAAACAUCAGAUCAUUCACCAUUAUUCAUUUCUUGUGCUAAUGAUGAAGAAAAGGAGAGAAGGAAUGUCAAGUUGUUCAGAUAUGAGGCCUGCUGGUCAAAAAGGCAGGAUUGUAAGGAUAUUAUAGAAAGGGAAUGGAGGACCUCAAUGAGUGGAAGCUACUCAAUGAACGAUGUAAAGGGUGCACUGAAGAGGUGCAAGGAUCAGUUGAGGGUGUGGGCUAAGGCAAAUGGUGGAAGCCAGAGAAAGCAAAUUAGUCUGAAGAGGGAGAUGAUCCAGGAAAUGCAAAAAUUGAAUCAAGGGGACUUUAAUGAGACAAUUAAAGGGCUGCAUGAUGAAGUGGAUGGUAUACUGGAAGAUGAGGAGAUAAGGUGGAGGCAAAGAUGUCCAUAUGGUUUCUUAGCUGGCUUUUACCAAGAUAAUUGGGAUGUGAUAGCUUCUGAGGUGGUUUAUGCUAUUAAGGAAGUUCUAUCUUCAAGAAGAGGUGUUGUAGGCAUCAGUGAGACUUUGAUAGCUUUAAUUCCCAAGAAGAAGCAUCCUGUUUUGGUCUCUGAGUACAUGCCUAUAAGUUUAUGCAAUGUUCUUUAUAAAAUUGUCUCUAAAGUGUUGGCAAAUAGGAUGAGAGGGAAAAAGGAAAGCUAUAUGGCACUAAAACUGGAUAUGAGCAAGGCCUACGAUAGGAUUGAGAGGAAAUUCUUAGCUGCUGUCAUGAAGAAAAUGGGGUUUGGGGAGGAGUGGUCUGAUAUGAUUAUGCAAUGUGUUGGUCCAGUGAGCUAUUCCUUAUUGAUUAAUGGCUCACCUCAGAAUGUGUUCCACCCAUCGAGAGGCUUAAGACAAGGGGAUCCCCUAUCCCCUUAUCUGUUCAUACCUUGCUCAGAAGUUUUAGGCACAAUGUUGGAUAAGGCUAAGGAGAGAGGCUUCAUAUCUGGCUUCCCUUUUGCUAGAGGAUCUUUAUUGGUUAACCACUUGUUUUUUGCAAAUGAUAGCCUGCUUUUUUGCAAAGCUAAUGUUUUGGAGUGGAGUAGGUUGGUCAGGUUGCUGAAUUUUUAUGAAGUAGCUUCGGGACAAAGGCUCAAUAUGGAGUAG